UAGCCCCGACAGAUAAAGACUCUAGCCCCGAACCGCUUCGCUUUUGUGCUCAACUUCUCUCCGAAGAAACAAACACCUUCUGUGUCAAAAUUCAAAAGAAAGAAAGAAAAGAACCACAACACUCUGUUGACUCCUCUUCACUCCGGAAGCUGAAAGCUGGAACGCAGUGUCCCAAACGUUAGAAUCAUAAACCGACAAUGGCUACGGAUAAGUCGGUGAUGGCGGUCAUAAGGGCGGCGAGGCCUUCCUUUCGAAACGACCACGAUAAAGCAGCGUUUGCCGUUCACGCCACCUUCCUCUCUUCCGGCUACCUCCUCACCGCCGCCGGCCCCCAAGCCCUCUCCGACGACACCCUCUCGCAUCCCUCCACUGAGGAGGUGUCUGUAGAGAACUGGAACCAACUAGACCAAGAAUAUGCCUUUGUUUAUGUCAAUCCAGAAAAGGUUUCAAAUAAAGUACUGGUAAAGUGCCUCGUCAUGAAUGAGAAGUUACUCAUUGAUGCCUUGAAGGAAGGGUCUUCUGACCCUGCACACCUUGAGAUUUGUGUUAGAGAUUAUACUAUAGCAAAUGAAAGCAGCAAUUAUUCUGAGCAGUUCAAGAAUUUGGAGCAGCUGGUGAGAAGACUAAAUCAGGAUAUCUUAGCCAAAUUAGAUGGCUCCUCCACUUCCAGUUCAGCAAGUAAUCCUCCACGAUCUGGAUCAAGGGAAGCAAGGCAAGAGAUACACGAGCCUCCUGUUGGAUUUGGUGGACAUGGUGGUGCUCCAAUUCAUCCCUCUGGAGUUAUAUAUCCUCCCGUUAAUCCAGUUGGUGGUAGUGAUCUCUUUCCUGGGCCUCCUGCUGGAGUGUACCCUACAUGGGGUGAUCCGGGCACUGGUGGCAGUAUGCUUGUAGGACCUAAUGAUCCCCGUUGGUUUGGUGGAGAACCCCCUUUCCCCGGAGGACAACCGGGAGUCCCUCCUGGUGUUCCGCCGGGUGCACGGUUUGAUCCCUUUGGCCCACCUGAUGUUCCUGGCUUUGAACCCAACAGGUUUCAGAGGAGGCCACCGAGGCAAGGUAAUAAUGUUCAUCCAGAUUUGGAACAUUUUCGGAGGGAUGGGGAUUUUAUAUAGUUACCGAAGAUCACGUUGUACAGAGAACUGUUUAGUCAUCUUUGGAAGUUGGAACAUCCAUCUCAGUUUUUGUAAUUUUGGAUAUUUCACGCUAUAAACAAUUCAAUUUCUUACUUAAUUCCUGUGUCCAAGUCUCGGAUAAGUGAAAAUAAUUUUAUUGCA